UCACUUUUCUGAAACUUACUUUUAAAAAAUUAAAUCACUUUUAUAAAUUAUUUUUGAAAUCUUUUUUAGAACUCAAAAAAAUAAAAAACAAAAAGAAAAUUGUCUGAAAAAAUAUGUAAUUUUCUGACGCAUACCCUCCAGAUAAUCAUCUUUGUUAACGAUGGAGGAGUCCUCAAGUAAGGGUAAGGCCGAAAAAAGAAAAGAACAAGAAAUAGAAGGACCGUGGAAACCAAAGACGAGUUCCAUCUCUAAUAUUAUUUUAUUUCUCCAUUUAUCCAAAUAAAUCAAGCUGCUCUUGUGCUUCUUCUUCUUGUGGUGCUUUUAACAAUGCAGCAAUCCUUCCAUCUAUAGACUACGCACAGUAUCAAACCGAGAAAAUGGCAGAACUCCAAGAAUAUACCACUCUCUUUCUUUUAUGGCUGGUCUCAACGUUCCUGGUCCGAGCCAUCUUAUCAAGAACACGUUCAAAAGCUCAACUCCCACCUAGUCCUAUAUCACUUCCGAUCAUAGGACACCUUCAUCUUCUCCGGCCGAUCCCUCACCAGGCACUUCAUAAGUUAUCACAACGAUUUGGCCCCUUGUUUCACCUGUCUUUUGGUUCUGUUCCUUGUGUUGUUGUCUCUUCUCCUGAAAUGGCAAAAGAGUUCCUUAAAACUCAUGAAAUGUCCUUCUGCAAUCGCCCAUCAACCGCGGCGGUUCGCUGCUUGACUUAUGGCGCAUCUGGCUUUAGCUUUGCUCCUUAUGGACCUUACUGGAAGUUUAUGAAGCAAAUAUGCAUGACACAGCUUCUUGGCGGUCGAACACUCGACAGUUUUUCUGAUGUCAGGCGUCAAGAAAUCGGAACUUUCUUGAAACUAAUGUUGCAGAAGAGUCAACAAGGUAAAGAGGUUAAUCUUGGUGAAGAGCUGAUGAAUUUUGCAAACAAUAUAAUCUCAAGAAUGACAAUGGGCAAGAGGUGUUCGACAACGGAUGAUGAGGCUGGAGAUGUGAGGAAAUUAAUUGAAGAGGUUGGUGUGCUUACUGGGGAAUUCAACUUUCAAGAUUAUAUUUGGUUUUGCAAGAACAUAGAUAUACAAGGAUUUGGUAAGAGACUUAAGAAAGUACAAGUAAGAUUGGACGCAAUGAUGGAAAGUAUCCUGAAAGAGCACGAAGAGGUCAGGACGAUGAUGAAGAAUAGUGAAUUGGGUGAUAACGAUGCUAAGAAGGAUCUGGUUGAUAUUUUGCUGGAUAUCAUGGAAGAUGAGAGUUCAGAAAUGAGACUGUCGAGAGAAAGUGUCAAAGCUUUUAUCCUGGAAAUGUUCACAACGGGCACAGGCACAUCUGCAGGAGUAAUACAAUGGGCAAUGGCAGAGCUAAUAAACCAUCCAAACAUAUUCAAGAAAGCAAGAGAAGAGAUUGACUCUGUUGUUGGAAAGAAUAGACUGAUUAAAGAAUUAGAUAUUCAAAGUCUACCUUAUCUCCAAGCAAUUAUUAAAGAGACCUUGAGAUUACAUCCAUCGGGCCCAUUAUUCACAAGAGAAUCAAGCCAAGAUUGCAAUAUCGGAGGCUAUCAGAUUCCUGCUAAAACAAGACUCAUUGUCAAUGUAUGGGCAAUUGGAAGAGAUCCCAAUUACUGGGAAAAUCCAAUGGAGUUCAAGCCAGAAAGAUUCAUGAGUGAAGAGGAUUGUACCAUGAGUAGUCCAUUAACAGAUGUCAGAGGCCAACAUUACCAUCUUUUGCCAUUUGGGAGUGGAAGAAGAAGUUGUCCUGGAACUUCUUUGGCAUUACAAGUUAUCCAAACUACACUAGGGAGCAUGGUACAGUGCUUUGAUUGGAAAAUUAUUAAUGGAGAUAAUAAUAAUAGUAAUGGUAAUAAUAUUGAUAUGAGUGAAGCUGCUGGGAUCUCUCUCGAGAUGGCAAAUCCCUUGAUGUGUGAACCUGUGACCCGUUUACAGUACUAUGAGAACAUCAUUUGUUGAAGGAGGCGUAGUUUGAUUGAGUUUUUAAUGUCAUGAAUUGUCUUUUUUUUUUUUCUGAAAAAUAAUGAAGAAACUUCAUUACUAAG